AAAUAAUAGUAAAUUAUGGGGCCCAACAACGAAAAUUCAAAACUCUGUUCAAACUUCAAAGUCUCCUCUCCUCUCCUCUCCACUCCAGUCAGUGUCUUUGCGCUUCUACGAGUCGUCUUCUCCUCCUUCUUUGCUGUACAUUGUUUGACUAAAACCGAGCAAGCAAUGAUUCUCUCUUCUGCUCCUCUACUUCUCAGCCUACUAUUAUUCGCUGCUCUUGCAACCAGUUCGUUGUCACAGCCGUUCAAAUGCACCACAUCUGGUCAAUGUAACGCCCUAAUCGACUAUGUCGCUCCAAAUUCCACCACUAUCUCCGACAUCAGAACCCUCUUUUCAAUCAAAAACCUCCGAUCCAUCCUCGGAGCUAACAACCUCCCUCUCUCAACCUCACCAAACCAAACCAUAGCCGCAGCGCAGACAAUCAAGAUCCCUUUCCCCUGCAAAUGCUCCAACGGGACGGGCAUCUCCAACAAGAAACCAAUCUACACUGUUCAACCAGGAGACGGGCUUGAUCAUAUAGCUAGAGAUGUGUUCUCGGCUUUGGUGACGUACGAACAAAUAGCGGCCGUUAAUAAUAUACCGGAUGUGAACAAGAUUUUGGUUGGGCAGGAGCUGCAGAUUCCAUUACCGUGUAGCUGCGAUGAUGUUGGUGGAGAGAAAGUAGUUCAUUAUGGACACGUGGUGGAAUCAGGAAGUUCGCUAGAUUUAAUCGCACAGGAGUACGGAACUACUAUGACUACUCUUAUGACCCUUAAUUCAAUUACAAAUGCUAGUUCUCUUAAGGCUGGUCAAGUUCUUGAUGUCCCUCUAAAAGCUUGUAAUUCGUCAGUAAGCACAACCUCAAUAGAUUAUCCUUUGCUUGUCCCUAAUGGCACUUACUUCUUCACUGCCAACAGUUGUGUGAAAUGCAAUUGUGAUGCUGCAAACAACUGGACAUUACAAUGUGAGCCAUCUGGAUUUAGACCAGCAGCCAAGUCGACCUGGUCAACUUGUCCUUCCAUGCGAUGUGAUGGAGCAACCAGUUUACUCCUUAGCAACACCACAACUACUGGCUGCAACACCUCGACCUGUGCCUACGCGGGCUUUUCCAGCCAAAAUAUUUUGACAACCCUUGCCACUGUAUCCACUUGUCCAGCCACUGGUCCAGGUAUUGAGUCUCCUGAUGACAAUUAUGCUUCGAGGAUCAGCUUGAGUUGGAGCUUCCUUCGCAUUUCUCUUCCGCUGAUUAUGCUUUCUGUACAUCUUAAUUAACACGUUAGUGCUUGUUUUGCGGGUGUUCUUUUUUUGUGGGAUAUGAGUAUGUAAACAAACUUUGUGGUCUAAAAAAUGUAAUUUCAGUUGGUUUGUGUACAAGUAAUUAUUUAUUCAACAAUAAAAUGUAUGAAAGAAUGGAAAGUUCAACUAAUAAACUGUCUCACGCAUAUAUAAACGUGAAUUUUGCAGUUAAA